AUGACACUUACUCGUAUAGGUGCUGCAUUUCGUUCAUUCAAGCAUAAUGAAUGUUACGUUUUUGUUGAUGAUAAGUAUGUGGUUUUGAAUUAUGCACCGGGAGCGAAGAAGCAUGAGAUUUUGAAGGGGCCACUUCAUAUUGUAGCUGGUUUUGCAAUGCUUGCUAGAACUCCAUUUGAACAUGGAAUAGAUUGUGCCUUUGAGACCCAACACAAUGAGGCAUUCAUCUUUUCUGGAAAUCACUGUGCCCUAAUAACCUAUGGUCCACAUGUCCCACAUCAUCAACAUCAUCCUGCAAGAAUUCUUGCGGGUCCGAAAAAAAUUGCAACCAUGUUUACUUGUCUACAUGGAACGGCGUUUGAACACGGAAUAGAUGCAGCAAUUAGGACACUUGACAAACGUGUUUUGUUAUUUAAAGGAAAUGCAUAUGCUCUUAUGGACUAUCACUCUAACCGUGUUUUAGCUAAUCAUUACAUUCGCACCGGGUUUAAAACUUUGGUUGGCACAGUUUUUGAAAAUGGAAUUGAUGCAGCUUUCAAAUCUGAUAAGAAGGAUGAAGCUUACAUUUUCAAAAAUCAAUAUUAUGCAUGUAUCAAUAUUGAUCAAGGUCAUCCUAUUGGUGGUCACCUACUAGGUGGUAGAGUCAAGCGAAUCCAUGAUGAUUGGUCCAAUCUUACUGGCAUAUUGAAUCCAUGA